CUUUCUUCAACCAACUCUCCAUAUUUCCUUUAGUCCAUACAUUCUUACAUAUACAUAUAUAUAUAUAGCAUCUAUAAACUUCAAAAAUUGUUGAAAUAUGGCACGUAAUGAAGAAAAAGCACAAUCGAUGCUUUAUCGGUUUCGAGAAGCCCAAGCAGCAGAAUUAGGCAAAAUCACCAAAAAGCAAAAACGACCUGCGUUAGCCACUAGUGUAGAUAAUGUAGGCGAAUGUGAAAGAUGGCGACGUGAUAUUAUGCGAGAAAUCUCUCGUGGUGUAUCCAAAAUUCAAGAUUCUACUUUAUCUGAUUAUCAAGUACGAGAUCUCAACGAUUAUAUCAACAAAAUGAUGCGAGAAAAGUAUCAUUGGGAAAAACGGAUACGAGAACUUGGUGGACCUAAUUAUUCUGUUGCUCCAAAAAUGCUUGAUAAUGAAGGAAAAGAAGUUCCAGGUGCUCGUGGUUAUAAAUAUUUUGGUCGAGCAAGAGACUUACCAGGUGUACGUGAACUAUUUGAACAAGAAGCUUCCGGACCUGUACAGCGAUCAAGGACUGAACUUUAUAAAAAUAUUGACGCGGAUUAUUAUGGAUAUCGUGACGAAGAAGAUGGAAUUUUAUUAGAAAGUGAAAAGGAAUAUGAAGCUCAGUUAUUGGCCAAACUGUCAAAUCAAAUGGAUAACGAUCAGGAUGAAAAUAUAAUAGCAGAAUCUGUGAAUACUUGAAAGACCCAAGACUGAUGAUGACACAAUGGUUAUUGACUGGUGUGAAUAUUAUACUGGUUAGUUAGAAACUCUUUUUUUAAACUUACUUUUCAUGCUCAAAAUAAAAAAAAAGACUAGUAUGAUUUCGUUUUGUGUGACUAUAUAAAAACAAGCAAAU